UAUAUUUAACUAGAGAGCGAUGGGACCUUCUUGCGAAGCCUGGUGCCCAUCCUUCUCCUGAUUGGCAUCUUCCUCUAUGUCAUGAGGAGGGGCCCGAUGCGGGCUGGGCAUGGUGGGUGAGGAGGGGGCCUCUUUAGCAUUGGUGAGACAAUAGCCAAGAUCAUCAAGGAUGAUAUUGGCGUGCGGUUUGCAGACGUGGCUGGUUGUGAAGAAGCCAAGCUGGAGAUCACCGAGUUUGUGAAUUUCCUGAAGAACUCCAAACAGUACCAGGACCUUGGGGCCAAAAUUCCAAAGGGAGCCCUGCUCACAGGUCCUCUCGGUACCGGCAAGACACUUCUCGCCAAGGCAGUCACGGGGGAGGCUGGUGUGCCCUUCAUCACCGUGAAUGGGUCUGAGUUCCUGGAGAUGUUUGUUGGUGUUGGCCCAGCUAGGGUUCGUGACAUGUUUGUAAUGGCCUGGAAAAAUGCUCCCUGUAUCUUGUUUGUUGACAAGAUUGAUGCAACUGGCCAGAAAUGUGGCCGCAGGCACUUUGGAGGCCAGAGUGUGCAGAACACCCUGAACCAGCUGCUCGUGGAGAUGGAUGGAUUCAACUCUACCAGGAACGUCCUUGUGCUGGCCGGCACCAACCGUCUGGACGUCCCUGACCCAGCCCUGAUGCAGCCGGGCCACUUCGACUGUCAGAUUUACAUUGGCCCCCCGGACAUCAAAGGCAGGUCGUCUAUCUUCAGGGUCCACCUGCAUCCACUCAAGUUGGACGAGAGCCUCAGCAAGGAUGCCCUGGCGAGGAAGCUUGCAGCCCUCACUCCAGGCUUCACAGGUGCUGAUAGUUCUAACCUUUGCAACGAAGCCGCCCUGAUCGCCGCCCGCCACCUAAACCCCUCUGUCAGGGAGAAGCACUUCGAGCAGGCCAUCCAGAGGGUCAUUGGAGGCCUUGAGAAGAAGACACAGGUCCUGCAGCCGGGCGAGAAGAUGACAGUGGCCUACCACGAGGCUGGCCAUGAGGUGGUGGGCUGGUUCCUGGAACACGCAGACCCCCUGCUCACGAUGUCCAUCGUCCCCCGGGGCAAGGGGCUCGGCUAUGCCCAGUGCCUGCCCAGGGAGCAGUACCUGUACACACGGGAGCAGCUCUUUGACCUCAUGUGUGCCAUGCUGGGCGGCCGCGUGGCUGAGCAGCUGUUCUUCGGGCGGGUCACCACGGGGGCCCAGGACGACCUGAGGAAGGUCACCCAGAGCGCCUAUGCCCAGAUCGUGCAGUUCGGGAUGAGCGAGAAGCGGGGCCAGGUGUCCUUCGAUCUCCCGCGGCCAGGCGAGGCGCUGGUGGAGAAGCCGUUCAGCGAGGCCACGGCCCAGCUCGUAGACGAGGAGGUGCGGCGGCUCAUCGGCUCCGCGCAUGCGCGCACCCUGGACCUGCUCACGCGCUGCUGCGAGCAGGUGGACAAGGUGGGCAGGCGGCUGCUGGAGAAGGAGGUGCUGGAGCGGGCUGACAUGGUGGAGCUGCUCGGGCCGCGGCCGUUCGCUGAGAAGAUCACCUACGAGGAGCUCGUGGAGGGCACAGGAGGCCUGGAGGAGGACAUGGCCCUUCCCGAGGGUCUGCAGGACUGGCGUGGGGGGCCCGCUGCAGGAGAGCCCAGCCUAGCGCCUCCUUCUGGAAAGCAGCCUCCGGGACCCCCAGUAAGCAAAUUAAAGCACAUGUAACCCAAAGCAAUGGCACCCCACUCCAGUACUCUUGCCUGGAA